AACCAUUAUCCAACAUUUUGGGUGUAGUUUUUUCGGUGACAAUUCUAAGGAGAACAAACCAAAGAAGACAAUCGAAUUCUUCGAUUUCACCGAUCAACGUGUUCUUGAAUCUCCAUUGGAAAUUACUAGACUUUCACAAGCAACUACCACUAUGGAAUAUGGCAUGCAGCUUCUACCAACUGGUGUUUUAUGUUAGUGUGGAAACUCUGAAUUCUUUACAACAUUGAAUUGGAAUCCCCAAAAUAUCCUCUCCCGCCAUGCCUGGGAUCGAGACACCAGGGGGUGUCCCAGCCAACAAGCGAGACGUCCUCUACGAUCUCUUCGUCCAGGCCGGAACAUUCCAGGGUAUCUUCAAAACAUUCUUUGAGCUCUGCGAGGAAUUGAACCUCAAACCUUUUGCAGAGCAUCGCAACUUCUACCCCAAGUUCAAGUCUCAGCUGACAUCGUGGAAGGCUGCUUCGCUCUGGAGUAAACUAGAUAAGAGAUACAAUAGGAAGGAAUACAAGAAAGGAAAAGCAUGCAAUAAUACUAGAGUCUUCAUUAUCGGAGCAGGACCAUGUGGUCUACGUACAGCUAUAGAGUGCGCUAUGCUCGGUACGAAGGUCGUGGUGGUAGAGAAACGAUUCAGCUUCUCAAGGAAUAACGUCCUCCAUCUCUGGCCUUUCCUCAUCACCGACCUAAGGAGCCUCGGAGCAAAGAAGUUCUUUGGGAAGUUCUGCGCUGGAGCUAUUGAUCACAUCAGUAUACGGCAGCUACAGGUGGUGCUUCUCAAAGUGGCCCUGAUCAUGGGUGUGGAGAUCCACUAUGGAGUGGGCUAUGAAGGACUAGAAGUACCCCCAGAAGACCAGGAACAUGAAAAGAUUGGUUGGAGGGCCAAGCUAGACCCCAAAGAUCACCCGGUAUCAGAGUAUGAGUUUGAUGUCAUCGUAGGCGCUGAUGGAAAGAGAAAUACGCUGCAUGGUUUCAAGAGGAAGGAGUUCCGAGGGAAGCUUGCCAUCGCAAUCACAGCAAACUUCAUCAACAGAAAGUCCAACGAGGAGGCGAGCGUCGAGGAGAUCAGCGGCGUCGCUUUCAUCUUCAACCAAAAGUUCUUCAUGGAUCUACGAGAGUCGACGGGAAUCGACCUUGAGAACAUCGUCUACUACAAGGACGAGACGCAUUACUUUGUGAUGACGGCUAAGAAGCAGAGUCUACUCGCCAAAGGUGUUAUUCUGAAGGAUCUACCAGACACAGCCAAGCUCUUGAGACAGGAUAACUACAACCACCAGAAGCUUCAGGAGUAUGCUCGUGAGGCGGCAGACUUCUGCACCAACUUCCAGCUCCCGACCCUAGACUACGCCCUCAAUCACCACGGCAAGCCAGACGUGGCAAUGUUUGACUUCACGUCUAUCUACGCAGCUGAUAACGCUGCCAGGGUUCUGGACAGGAACGGACACAAGCUGCUGCUGGCGUUGGUGGGGGAUAGUUUAUUGGAGCCUUUCUGGCCUACCGGAUCAGGCUGUGCAAGGGGUUUCUUAAGUUCCCUGGAUGCCGCCUGGAUGAUCCGUAGCUGGUCUUCAGGAGACAUGACACCCUUAGAGGUCCUGGCAGAAAGGGAGAGUUCCUACCGUCUCCUCGCUCAGACUACUCCAGAGAAUCUAUGCAAGAUCUAUGAAUCAUAUGGAAUCAAUCCAAACAGUAGAUAUCCUCACCUAAACACCAAAGCUGUAACACCACAUGAGAUUAGGCACCAGUAUGACACUUUAGAUGAGGAUCUUAAGGCUCAGUUCGAGAUCCUGGAGAAGAAACCGUCCAUAGUCCUCAGCAGAACAGCGUCCGUGGUGAGGAGUAGCAAGGUGCAGAUGUGGUGUCAACGAGUGACCGAUAACUACCUCAACGUGAUGGUGGAGAACAUGACUAGUAGCUGGAGGAACGGUCUCGCUUUCUGUGCCAUCAUCCACAGAUACAGACCAGAUCUCAUUGAUUACGAUUCCUUGAGACCAGAGAACGUGGUCCAGAACAACCAGCUAGCCUUUGACAUCGCCGAGCGUGAGUUUGGAAUCACACCCGCAAUGACAGGCAAGGAGAUGGCUGCUAUCGCGUGCCCAGAUAAACUCACCAUCGUAGCGUAUGUCGUCAGGUUCUAUGAUCUCUUCAAAGAUGAGCUGCCAGCUUCAGUUAAACAAGAGAAUAACACCAAAGAAAACAAUAUCGCACAAGCCCUUCCCGCCCCCACCAAGUCUUCCAGUAAAACAUCAUUCCUAUCCCGCAUCGCCUCCAAGGUACGGAGGAAAUCACACGAGAAGCAUGAUAAAGAGAACGGAGAGAAAGCCAAGGCCAGUGGUAGCGGCUUAGGCUCUAAACGAAAACAUCACAAGCAUAAAGAUUCAGCAGCUGAUGACAUUGCAGAGAAGCGCAAGCUCAUGGCACAGGAAGCGCGGAAAGCCAAUCAGUCUGAGAACAACAGUCUGAACGUAGCCGAUAAGAACGAGCUCAAUGUCGGGGUCAGAGGUCAGAAUAAGGUCAGCGGACUGGCCGAACAGCUCCAGGCCAAUCUCCGGUCUAACUACGGCAUGAAUACAGUAACGGAUGGACCAAGACCAAAAAUGAGACCACUGAUUGAGACUGGCAAUGUCCAAGCCAGUCAGCUGUGUGUGUUCUGUAGUAAGCGUGUGUAUGUGAUGGAGAGACUUAGUGCUGAGGGCAUGUUCUUCCAUAGAGACUGCUUCAAAUGCCAGGAUUGUGAUGUCACAAUCAGGAUUGGAAACUAUGCGUAUCUACCAGACCCCGACGGUGAAAAAGGUCGUUUCCUAUGUCGAGAACACUUUGCAGCCCGGAAGCAAGCCGUCAGAAAGAGAAGUCUGAGUGAUAAAGAGAAGGAAGCAGUCCAGUCAAAGAAGCCUGUGUUCUCUUUUGAUUCUAUCGAGGAGGUCGAAGACGAGAAUGAGAACAUCUCACGUCCAAACCCCACCACACCAAAGACACCUAAAACGCCCAAGGGACCAUUCAGGAAACGCAAUUUGCUUUCACCGUUCUUUGGCAAGAGAUCCAAGACCACACCAGAGAGAGACGAAAUGCAAAAGAUGUAUGAGCAGAUGGCUGAGUCUAAAGGUGCCUUGACGGAAGAAGAACAAGCUAGAUAUAAUCUGGGUACAUCAGUGAACACAGAUGAUGAGCUGGAUGAGUCAUCCGAUAGCGAGUUAGACGAGGAAGAAAAGGCCUGGCUAGCUAGAGAAGGAUUAUCGUCAAAGCGUGGCAGCAGCAAGCGAAAGAAGGGUUCCGGUAAAAAGAAGGAAGGCACCCCGUCCAAUCUCCAAGUGCCUUUGGCUUCUGAUCACAACAUACCUGAAAGUGAUCUUUCUCCAACGAGCGACGUCCCACCUUGUACCUUUGAUGGUGGUAUCCCACGCUCAGAGUCCAGCUCCAAGGAGAAAAAGUCACGUCUUAGUCGCAUGCGCCCUCAUCGCAGAGAUGCAACAAAGGCCAACAAAACUGGAAGGAGGACGAGCGCUGGGAUGCAACAGGGAGAGGAGUCCAUCAAAGACAAGAAUUUUAGGCAGCGAUCAGCAAGCACCAAAGUAGACAGUAGUAAACCACCAGAUGGCGCCAUACCAAAGCAACGAAAGAGUCGAUCUCUCAAGCUAAAGAAGCGUUCGAGUGCAGGAAAACUGGGUUUGUCUUCGACGGAAGGUGACAGCGAUAGAGAAGAAAGACCACUCUCCCCGAGCAGUCUGGACUUGCCUCUGGGCCAGUUUGGAGAAGAGGGGGCCAGGUCCAAGAGGAAGGUUCCAGAUGUUGUUGCUGAUCUAGGUCUAGGAUCUCCAGAAGCAGCUGCUACAGAACAACUCCCAAGACUCAUUAAGAAGCUUAGCGUAGAUGCCAACCUCACCGGUGACUUUGACAUCGAUUCUACCACCGAUGAGGAGGAAAUGAAACGAGACGAGGCAAGCUCAGACGCUGAACCCACUGAGCAGAUCACUGACUCACCUCGAUCCAAGGGGAAAUCCCCAAGGAGAAUGUGGGGCAAGCGAUUCAAGAGAUUAAGAUCAUUGAAAAAGCUGAGACAGGCUUUGAGUAAAAAGACUGCCAGACAAGAACAGGAGAAGAGAAAGAUGGAGGAGGAGGAGCUUAGCGCCCGGCUGACGAAGCGAGUCCAGAAGGAAGCCCGUCGUCAGCACCACCAGCAGCAGCUAAAGCGCCAUCGCUUGGCCCAGGAGAUCCAACGUCAGCUGCAGGAAGUAGAGGUCAAACAGCGGGAGCUGGAGAACCGUGGGGUCGCUGCAGAAAGGGCACUCCGCGGCGAAGAAACUCCCGAAGGUGUGGAUGAAACCACCCUCAUGCAAGAAUGGUUCAGUCUGGUCAAUGAGAAGAAUGCCCUCGUCCGGUUUGAGACGGAGCUGAUGGUUCAAGCGAGGGAGCUAGAGUUAGAGGAUCGUCAUAGUCAGCUGGAGCAGGAGCUGAGGCUUAUCAUGGCAGUAGGAGAAGGGAAGAAGUCAUCUACCGACAGAGACCAGGAGAAGCUUCUCUUAGAUGAGAUGCUGGAGGUGGUAGAACAACGAGAUGCCCUGGUGGCAUUCUUAGAGGAAGAAAGAGUCAAGUAUGAUGAAACUGCGCUUGGCUUACAGGAGCAGCAAGAAGAUCAGGACUUUGAGGCUAUCAUGCUUAAGAAAGGCUUGAUGACCGCUGUCCGAUAGCGCCCCGUCGGUCCUUCUGGGGACAUCUGUCAUUGAAGAUGACCGUCCGUCUGAUUGUCCAGCUGCUACAGCUAACCUUCUGGGGACGUUAGUGUAUUGAGGGUUCAAUCAUAACAUACCUCUGACGACUUAACACCAGCUCAACAGACACACAAGGCAUCCGAUGAUAGUAUAUUUUCACACACACUGUGUACGUGUGAGGACAUCUGUGCAGUGAGGGGUCAUCCAUAAGAAACAUCUGAGGACUUAAUACCAGUUAAACACAUGCACAAGGCAUAAAUGGCAAUGUAUUUUCAUACACACAAUCAAUGUCAAUAUGAGGACAUCUGUGUAUGCACACACUCAUGGCCUUAAGACUGUAUUUUCAUAUCUGCAUUUGCUGCUGAUGUGAGGAAUGCUGCCCAGGAUUUGAAGCACUUGUCGAUAUUUAACGACGCUGAAGCUAUGUUUAUGUUAUUGCAUAUCAUAUACAUUCUGCCAACUUUGAAAUAUUUGAAAGCAAUAUACCCAAAGCCUUCUUGUAUUCCAGACUUCUCUACAGAUACAUGUAUGUACAAUUCUACACUUGUACAUUAUUUCACCUUCCUCUUAAAAAAACACCAAGUUAUUCACUGCUUGAAAGAAGAAAAAUAGCAUUUUAAAAAAAUGAUUUACCAAAUUCAUUCAAUAUUAGUUGCUAAAGUGUUUGGCCAAAUUUGUAUUGGGAUGUAGAGUAACUCUUGAAUGGUCUGAUUUGCUUAUCAUCCCAGUCUCAAUUUUUAUUCAGAUCCUUGGUGUUUCUUAGAUGAAGGGAAUAUUGCACUGGUUACACAUAUAACCAACUCAUUUAUCCAAGUAAGGACAUUGCCAAAAGUAAUGUACGCAUUCAGUUACCAAUUUCCAAAUAGAUUAUGUUUCUUUGAUAAAGUGUAGUGUAACAUUCAAAAGGAUGCGAAAUUAUGAUAUUUAUUCACUUAUGUCAUAGUACAUGGACUAUUAGUAGUUUAGGUUUUUCUUUUUAAAGAAACACAACUUCUAUAACUUAAAGGUCACCAUAGAUUUAAGCCAUUUUUGUGAAAAAUCUGAUUGUAUUCAUAAGAGGUGGGUGAUUAUCAUCAUUUCUUUCCAACUUAGCCUAUUUUAUUCUACUGAUAUUCAAGAGUAGUGGUGAAUUAGUAUUUAAUUGAUAAAGCCUUGCUAUCACUAUCAGCCUUGUGCAGGGUCUGCUGAUAUUAUUUUGUCUGUUUUGAGCCAGAAGGGCGUUAACUCAUAUACUUCAAUACAGAGUUAUGCCCUUGUAGUUCUGAACAGAGUUCAUCAAUCAUACCGUCUAUUCAGAGCUAUAAGGGAGUAACUUCUAUACUUGAAAACAUACAUGUAGUUAAUAUGUCAGUCACACCGCUGUACCAACUCCAAACCGAUCGAUUCUUGGCCAUUCAUUCGUAAUAUUCAUGUUUGAUGCGUUGUCAGUCUGACGUCGACGGUCUCGAUGUGGCCGGGGUAUUAACAUUUUGCUCUUUGACAAUAUACUUUUAAUAGUUUUAUAUCACUUUUCUGAUGAUGCAUCAAAUAUUCUAUUGUGUCUGUAUUGCCAAAAGUAUCAUAUUUAUGCUGUGUAGCAAUUGCCUUCUGUAAUUUUCUUUUAAAAUGUGUGUGAAUAACUUUGCAUAACUUAAGAAUAAAAAGCUAUUAUGGUGUGGCACCUUUAUCUCAAAAUGAAGGCAUAGUAUAUAACAAUGGGAAGAAAAUAAAAAGGUCUUUUGAAAUCGGAUUAUUCUGUCAGAGCAGAACAAAGAGAUAUAUGCAUGUGUAUGUUGAGUAUACAAGCUCUAAAUUACUGAUGUCAUAGACAAUUUGAUUUUGUUUUCUUCCAUCUUUUGUUUUGUGUUUGAUAUGUUUGAGAAUUAGUGAUUAUGGGAGUUACAUAUAAAGGGGUUCGCAUUAGCACUAUUAGAUCCAGUACACAAAGCUAGAGAAGAAUCGUGCAUAAUUUCUUCACGAUACAAAAAUAUUUACUAUUGCAUAGCUGGUUCUAUAAUUGAUAUACAUAGUUUGACCCUGAAACCAUUUAGACAGCAUUAUUAAUUUGUCUUGGGUUAUAAUCCAUAUUGCCUUCUCUCUUUUCUAGCAUGUAUUUGUAAAUAAUUUGGUUGUGUAUUGCAAAGAAAUAUAAAGUUUUAAGGAAUUGCAAGUUAUGUGUCUAUUCCAUAAAUUGCAGUACUGAUAAUUUGUUGCAUUUUUUGUGGGCUUAUUUUGCUCGAAUGUUUAUAGCAUCUAAUAUUGACAGGUGUAAGAUUAUAUAUGGUUGCUUAGCCAACUUUGCGCGAGUGCUAAUUUAUUGCAAAUGAGUGAGAAAUAUGCUGUUGCCUUUUAUAAUGAUUGUGUGUACAAUUAUUGGUCUUUUUUUCUGCAUCUGCCCCCCCCCCCCCCCCCAUAUUGUGUUUUCAACACCCCUAAGGCUCUUACUGGAUGAUUAUUCUUCUCUUACAGCUUUGAGAUGUAGAUCAGACUCUUAGAUAUCAUUUCUUUAUAGAUGUUCACUUGAAAUCCAAUAUACUGCCUUGUUGCACUCUAAUGCAUAUGCACAUGUCAGUUCAAAAGGAAUAAUGUAGAAUUUAAACUUAUUUUACCUAACAUGCUAUUGCACAAGUUCAACCUAUGAUUGUUGAACAUUUUGCCAGCGGUUAAAAAGGAAUAUGUGACCUAUGAUCUUUUUUUAAUGGAAAUAUAUUUGAAUAGCAAAA